AUGGACGCUGGUAUUCCAUGCGCUGUGCCCGAAGGCCAUCAGUCCACGUUGUGUCUUCCGGAUGCGGUGCGCUUGAGCGACCGCGACCUAAGCGGGUACACGACGAUUCGUGUACCUGAGAGUCUCAAGGGUCUCCGUGCCAAGUACUUGGCGCGCGAGGACACGACGAUUGUGGGACCUCGGGUGCUCGUGUUGAGCCGCGGGCGUCGCGGAUCGGAGGUGGCGGUGGUGGGAACACGCCCCGGGUAUGGUCAACCAGGGGUUGACCUUGGCCCGACGCUCGAAGAGCGGGUCGCUGCUGUGGAACAGCAUCAGAGCCGGGAGUUCGCCGCUCUGAUGCAGGAGGUGGCGAUCCUGAGGGCUCAAGUCGCUCAGGCCUCGCAGACCGCGUCGGACAUCUCUGUCAACGUGGGAGGUCGCGUCGCACGCUUGGCCCAGCGCGUUUACACGCUGGAGCAGAGGUUCGCUCCACCUGGGGCUUCCGGUUCGGGUCAGCCGAGCUAG